UAAACUCCAAAUGCAAGGAAAGCAAGUCCAUAGAAUAUAUCCCCUCCAGAAUAUGCAGCAAAGAAAAGACAAAAAUUACAUAAGCAAUGCCAACCAAAACACCUUAGGAGAGGUGACAAGUGUUAAUCCAAAUGGUGUAAAACAGAGAGUGUGUAUAUAUAGGAGUUGAUAGAAAAGGCACCUUCACUUCACAUAGACAAUAAUUUUGAGAGAGAAGAAAAAGAGAGGAGUUUUUUGAGUAAUGGCUACUCUGGUUGCUGUUGAUGACCAUAACUUCUCUUACAUGGAGGAUGCAGAAGCCAUUAGAAAGGCUUGUCAAGGAUGGGGAACUGAUGAGAAGCGUUUGAUCAGAAUUCUGGGUCACAGAAAUGCAUCUCAAAGGCAUCAAAUUAGGCAAGCUUAUGAGGGUCUUUACCAAGAGGAUCUCAUCAAGCGCCUCGAAUCCGAGCUCUCUGGAGACUUUGAGAAAGCAAUGUAUAGAUGGAUGUUAGAUCCAGCAGAUAGAGAUGCUGUACUUGCUAAUGUAGAUAUCAAGAAAGGCGGCCCUGAAUAUCGCGCCAUCAUUGAAAUCGCUAGCGUUCACUCCCCUGAAGAGCUUUUGACAGUGAGGAGGGCGUACCAGGCUCGCUACAAGCAUUCCUUGGAAGAAGACAUCGCAUCACAUACAUCCGGUGACAUUCGCAAGCUCUUGGUUGCGCUGGUGAGUGCGUUUAGGUACAGCGGUGAUGAAGUAGAUGCACGAUUAGCAGACAAAGAAGCUGAUAUUCUUCAUGAUGCUAUCAAAGACAAGGAAUGUAAUCAUGAAGAAGUUAUCAGGAUUCUGACUACAAGGAGCAAGACACAGCUUAUGGCGACUUUUAACCGCUACAGAGAAGACCAUGGCACUUCCAUCACUAAGGCCUUGUUGGGUGGUCCGGAGAAUGAUUUUUCGAAGGCUGUUCGCAUAGCAAUUCGUUGCAUCCAUGACCAUAAGAAGUAUUAUGAAAAGGUUUUGCGCAAUGGGAUCAAGAGGAAUGGCACUGAUGAGAAUGGACUUACUCGUGUGAUUGUUACGAGGGCAGAGAAGGACUUGAAGGACAUCAAGGAGGUUUAUUACAAGCGAAACAGUGUGUCGCUUGAUCAUGAUGUGGCCAAGGAAACUUCCGGUGAUUACAAGGCCUUCCUCCUCACUCUGCUAGGGAAGGAGGAUUGAACUUCUCAUUCAAGAUCAUUUUCAACUUUUACGUCUUAAAAUGUUGGUGCAUCAGUUUAACUUUUCUGUUGUGAGACUGUUUUUCCUAUGUCUUUGGUCUUAUAUUUCUAUGAGUGUGUUGCAAAAUGUUCUGUUCUUUUAACUUUUCUGUUGUGAGACUGUUUUUCUUAUGUCUUUGGUCUUAUAUUUCUAUGAGUGUGUUGCAAAAUGUUCUGUUCUAUUUUCUAAUAAGAAAUUGAGAGUUCACUGUCUA